GCAAAGGAGCAUCCUGAAGAGAUCAAGAUGUGGUUGAGGGCCAGUUGGUCGUACGAGAAGCUUCCCAGGGUCAAGUCGACUCAGCAAUACGCCGUUGGGUGGAAGCGAUGGUGGAUAUCACUCCAGCCUCCAUCCCGGAUAGGAUACACGAACACUUGGCCUCCCGCGCGGUGCCAGCCUGCAGAAGACGAGGAGUGGGAUUCUGUUCGCCGUGGUGGACCAAACGGUAUGUUCCUCGCUGUCAUCUCACUGGCGUGGUGG